AUGGGAAAACUUCACGGAACAUUGGCCAAAGCAGGUAAAGUCAGAAAACAAACACCAAAAAUUGAGAAGCAAGUUAGAAGACACAAAAUCCCAAAAGGAAGAGCAUACAAAAGAAUUUGCUUCAACAGAAGAUUUGGAUCAGCUGCUGCUGCUGGAGCUGGACCUUAAUAAAAGAGAAAAGGACCAAAUUGGCAUGCAGGAAGAAAGGAUUUAAUUGAAGAGGAAAGAAAGAAAUAAGUUGAAUAAAGAAGAUAAAGAAAGAAGGACGUACCCAAAUGAUUAAUACAAUAUAGUAAAUUAUUCAAACAAAUAAAUAAAUAGCAA